GGACAGUGGUCAGCGCAUUGGUCAGUCACGCACGUAAUUUUGGUAUUACCCCUUCGGGACGAUAGCUCGCAACGGGAUAGGCAGAGUUCAGAGGUCACCACCGUACUUUUUCCCGUUUCUUCUCACAGUCCGAGCAGCAGGAAACUUAAGACGUUUUCACGUUGAAUUCUAAUGAUUUUUGUAUUCAAAUGCGGAUUGCUCCAACCAGUUUGGGCAGUUCCCUUACCACCCAAGGGAGUGCCCACUGAAUGGCAAGGCGCGCAUCCUGCUGACGGCAGGAUUGGCCCAUCGUCCAUCGGUCAAGCUGUGUGCGAAUCCCAUCCAAAAUGGCCAAUGUCCCAUGUUCGGAUUUCACUUUUAUUACUGCCAACUCUUUUUGUUCGAUGGCCUCGACAAAGGGGUCAAUUCAAAAGGGCAACAGUUGAUGGUCAGGGCGCUUGAGUUGAAUCCUGAAAUUGGGUGGCCAUUUUGUAAAGAACACCAACGGAAUUAAAUGUAUCUAAGGAAAAGUAUUUAGUUGUCUUCAGAAAAUAGUAGAUUUUAUAUAAAACUAGUAAUUAUGAUAUCCGGUGUGGAAGUAAUUUCCCUUCGAAGAA